AUGAGCGCAGCGGCAACCCUCAUCGCGUGCGUGCUGGCGCUCGCGGCGUGCCUCCAGGGGGUCUCCGGCUCGGGCAUCUACGACCCGUGCGCGUCUCAGCCCGAUCUAUCGGCGGGCGACGGCUUUACCAUCGGCCUGGCGUACUAUCCCGGCGGCUCCCUCGAGGACUGGGGCACGCUCCACCCGUGCAAAUCCGCGGAUCGCGCCAACCUGACGGCCGCUGGAGUGGCGUCCAUGACCUUCCGCCCGAAGCUGGACGCCAUGACCUUCUUCCGCGGGUCCGAGGCGGAGGAGGGUCAGGUUCUCGCGUCCGUGUCCGGCGCGAACAUCAUGACCGUGGUGGCGUACGCCGGAGAGGUCCGCUCGGAGCCGAGGAUCGCGAGGGUGACGUCCGCCAGCGCGGUUGUCGGCGGCGUUCAGCCCGGCCGGGUCAACUCGCUCACGCUCGUCGCCAGGUUCGACGAGGGGAGGCUGCGGUACCUCCAGUGGCACGACCUCGGGUGCGGAUCGUGCGCCAGGGGGGACCUGUGCAUUCACGUGGGCGAAGGGCACCAGUCGUGCGCGGGGUCGGAGACGGAUUGCUCGUGCGCCGGGGACAACUGCGCGCUGGACCUCACCGGUUCGGACGUGCUGAGGUGUCAGCUCACGCUCGCCACCGCGUUCAGCGGGACGGACAAGCACUCGGUACCCCUGGGAUCGGCGUCGCAGAUCGCGAGGCUCGGGCACUACUCCGUGUCCGGGGCGGCGGGUGGGGCGGGCGCGGGCGCCUUGGGCUUGGCGCAGGCGGCGCUCGGGUGAAGGCGUCGACGACGAAAAUAUCAUAUUGCGCAAAGAUCAUGUGUUAUACGAGGUUACUCUUAGAACUCGA